GAGGAACGGACUCAGCUCUCGGGAUCCUGUUUGUGGUGUUAGGUUUGCUGCCCCGGAGACGCCUGCGAUGCAUAUGCGUAUAGAGGAUGACAACAGUAUUUUGUGGUGCAGCUGAAGGCUGUGUUCCCCCACGGCGCCGGCUUCGUGCUGGCCUUCGAGUUCAUGCUGUCUGACCUGGCUGAGGUGGUGCGCCACGCCCAGAGGCCGCUGGCCCAGGCGCAGGUCAAGAGCUACCUGCAGAUGCUGCUCAAGGGCGUGGCGUUCUGCCACGCCAACAACAUCGUGCAUCGGGACCUGAAGCCUGCCAACCUGCUCAUCAGCGCCUCAGGCCAGCUCAAGAUCGCCGACUUCGGCCUGGCUCGCGUCUUCUCCCCGGAUGGCAACCGCCUCUACACGCACCAGGUGGCCACCAGGUGGUACCGAGCCCCCGAGCUCCUGUAUGGUGCCCGCCAGUAUGACCAAGGCGUUGACCUGUGGGCCGUGGGCUGCAUCCUGGGGGAGCUGCUGAACGGGUCCCCCCUCUUCCCGGGUGAGAACGACAUCGAGCAGCUGUGCUGUGUGCUUCGGAUCCUGGGCACCCCCAGCCCUCACGUCUGGCCGGAGCUCACGGAACUGCCCGACUACAACAAAAUCUCCUUCAAGGCGUGGGCGCCCGUGCCCCUGGAGGAGGUGCUGCCCGAUGCCUCUCCCCAGGCCCGGGACCUGCUGGGCCGGUUCCUCCUGUACCCCCCUCGCCGGCGCAUCGCGGCCUCCCAGGCCCUCCUGCACGAGUACUUCUUCACAGCCCCCCUGCCGGCCCGCCCGUCGGAGCUGCCGGUUCCUCAGCGUCCCAGGGGCCCUGCCUCCAAGGCCCACCCGGGGCCCUCCCACGCCCAUGACUUCCACGUGGACCGGCCCCUUGAGGAGUCCCUGCUGAACCCAGAGCUGAUUCGGCCCUUCAUUCCGGGGGGGUGAGACGCUGGCCCAGGUCUUGCCGCCCGCCCCUCAGGCCGCCCGUCCCCUCCGCCACCUUCCUGAUUCAGCCCUCCUUGGCCUCCCCACGGCCGCACUGGCCCACACCACAGCCCAGCCUGCUCCUUGGCCCUCUUGAGGGCUGGUCUCUAGGAGGUAGAGGUCACACUCCCCGCCAAGGUGGUGGACCUCAGGCUGGCAGAGGAGACCCAGGGCUGUGUGCAGCGAGCCUCGCUUCUUGUGUGCUGCUGACUUGCCUAUCAGAGGUCGUGAGCUGGUGCCAGUUGCCAGGGCGCCAAGGUCAAGGUCAAGGACAUUGCUGUUAGACCUACCUGGGGAGGCACAGAGCGAGGUGUCCUCUGAGAUGAUGAAAGCCUCGUGGCUCUGCCACAUGCCUGCCUCUCCAUUCCUGUCAAGGGGGCGUCACCGCAUAGCCCUUGUUCUGGGGGUCCCGGGGAAGGUGACUCAAGUCUUGGCCAUGUGUGCCCCGAGGGCUUCCUGUGUGCUCACGUGACUGAGCACUGGCUUGGAAGUGGGGGACAGAAGUCUAGACCCCCAGGGCAGCUCAAGUCCGGGCCGGCAGGAGACCCUCCUCGUGUGAGGCCAGUUCACCAGCAUCUAAUCCCUCGGGGCGAGGGUGACGGAAGCAGCUGUGGGCGUAAGGAACCGGGCGUUCCUCACUCCCUGCCUUGCGUUCUCUUUGCCACCGCCGAGUCGUUAUCUGACAUCCUGUCUAUUUUACUUCAUCUGCUUAUUAUUCCACACCCGCACCUAUGUCAAAAAGGCAGAGCUUUUGGAAUUGACUUAUUAAUUUAAUAAAGCCUAAUACAUUCCCAACCA